AUGGCCGACGCCGAGAAGUCAACUGGAAGCCAGGCACCCCAAUCGCCCACUUCCAAGUCUCCGGAGAAGCCGACGGAAAGCCAGCCGGCCCAAUCGCCCCCUUCCAAGUCUCCGGUCCAAGAAGAGAUCGUGUAUGAUGGCGAUUCGGGACUUGGGGACCUAGCUAGCAGCACGGCUUCGCUCUCGAGCAGCAUCCUCCAGUACAGAACCGUUCUCGGCAGGACGUAUGCCAGCGAGAUCGGCAAAUCCGAGGGCUGGACCCCGAACGAUGCACAGCACACCGAAUCCAUGGAUAUUCACCACCACGCCUGUACGCUUUUAUUAGACGGGAAGCUGUAUCUUUCUCCCCUUAAGGAUAACAUUAGCAAAGUCGUCGACAUUGGCACCGGCACAGGCAUCUGGGCCAUCGAUUUUGGCGACGAAUAUCCCGACGCCGAGGUAAUUGGCACCGACAUCUCCCCAAUCCAGCCCACCUGGAUCCCGCCCAACGUCAAGUUUGAAAUCGACGAUGCCAACCUCUCCUGGACGUGGAGAGACGACACCUUUGAUUUCGUGCACGUCCGUGGCAUGAUCGGGACCAUCAUCGACUGGCCCGCCUUCUACCGCGAGGCCUUCCGAUGCUGCAAGCCCGGCGGUUACAUGGAGCAUCACGACGAGGCCGCGGAGUGGCAUUCGGCCAAUGGCGAGAUCUCCGAGGACAGCGCCAUGGGCCAAUGGGGCAAGGUCUUUUCGGAAGGCGGGAAGAAAUUCGGCCGCACGUUCCGCCUGAUCCAGGACGAUGUCCAAAUAAAGGGCAUGGAGGAAGCCGGCUUCGUGGACAUCGUCGUCAAGGAUUACAUGUGCCCGAUAGGCGACUGGCCUGAAGACAGGAAGCAAAAGGAGAUUGGCAUGUUUGCGAAGCUGGUCCCCUUCGCCCAUCCCUCGCUUUCAACGUGGAUCCUCCGGACUAACCGAGUACAGGCUUUGUCAACUUCGUUUGGUCCUCUGUGUACCUGGCAAACCUUCGGCACGAGAUGCGGAACAAGAGCAUCCACACACUCUACCCCCAUCGUGUGGUGUACGGGAGGAAACCCGAGUAAUGAACGGGCGCCAUCUUGUCAAGGGGGAUGA